AUGCAGCCCCGAAUGCGUUUCGAUGAUGUUGCGUGGGAGGAAAGCGAAAAUAUCGAAAGUGCUUGGGUGAAAGCUAUUCUCCAAGAAACAUCUCUCCGAGCAAUUGGCCAAUUCAUCGUUAAACAUCGACAGGGCAUCCCAACGGAGCUGUGCGAUCCUAAAGCCGGGGCUUUCAACGUCCAUUUCCGCAUGAAAUUUCAAGAUGGCGGCUCGGCCGUAAUCCGAUUUCCUAAGCCAGGCUGCACUAUGUUUCCCGAGGAGAAGAUCCGAAACGAGGUCGCUGUGAUGAAGUAUAUCCAGGAUAACACUUCUAUACCCGUACCAUUUAUUCUGCACUGGGGGACAAAGGAAGAAAGUCCUCUUGGACUUGGACCAUUCAUUAUAAUGAAAUACAUCGACCACGACACGGACGUCGGCAAGGUACUGGACAUGCCUGAGCUAGAUUGGAGGGAGCGGCCACGGCUUGACCCGCAUGUUGACCCGAAUAAACUCGAAGUGCUUUAUCGCCAGCUUGCCGAUGUCCUGCUGCAGCUAUCCAAGCUAGAGUUUCCAACGAUUGGUUCUCUUGAGGAGGUUGACGAAUUUACAUGGGAAGCUCGGCGACGUCCUCUCUCUAUCCACAUGAACGAGCUGGUAAGAUUGGGGACGUUGCCACGAGACAAGUUGCCAAACGAAACAUACGGCGCUUCAUGCGACUACUUUGAAGCAUUAGCACAAUUACACAUCGAUCAUCUGAAGCACCAGAGAAAUGACGCCGUGGAUUCCGAAAUCGAUUGCCGGCGUAAGUACAUCGCCAGGCGUUUAUUCCAGGGACUCUCCAAACAACGCAAACUAGCAUCCAGUACAUUCACUAAUGGACCAUUUAAACUGUGGUGUGACGACCUCAGACCGUCAAAUAUCCUGCUGGAUGCGAACAUGCAAAUCGUCGAGGUGGUAGAUUGGGAAUUUACAUAUGCUGCGCCAGCCGAGUUCUCCUUCGCGCCGCCUGAUUCAUCGCCACGGUGCGAACUCGUUCACAAUCAUGCCUUGAGCCAGGGAGAGACUGUCAUUGUGACAAGAGCGCUGGAUCUGAACACCAUGAAAGGAAGCAGGAAAAGGAAGCCUGAAGAUGAGCGAGACGAGACUACCUUGAAAAGGCGGCAAUUAGACGACUCGGUUCCAGCUUGCACAACACACCAGGUUGAAGCGAUUGUCGACCAACCCAUCAGGCGAGAGCAACCAGACGAAGACGGGCAGGUGAUUGUGAAUUAUCCGCCCACGUUUUCAGCCGGCAGCUUCGUUUACGAACGAUCGCUGACAGACUGUACAAGGUCUGUAACCUCAAGCGACCAAGAAGACCAAGAAGACCAAGAACGGAGAGAGGAAGAGAGUGAAUAUUACCAAUGCCGGCGUCAUGUCGCACUGUUACGAGACAAAAAUUGCUAUAUGACGGACUCUAAGAAAGGGAUUUGCCGCGAAAGUGAAGAGGUUAUUGCUCAUCUUUUGAGCACCCCUGCACAACACUCAUAUUUCCGCGACCCUAAUUUCUUAGAGAAAUGGAAGCACGCGCCGUAUCGGAACAAAGAGAGCGUACUUCACCACAUAACCCCCGAACUUGUCCCUUCCGCGGAAGCACGAACGGAUCGUGGCGCACGAAAACUACAAUGGCUUACUGAAAGCACAAACGAAGCAUGGAGUGAGGUAAAGCCCUUGAUAAAGCACCGCCCGCAUCCAGAUUACUCUGUUGGCUUCCAUCGACAGAUAUUCACCAAGCGCGACCGAGAGAAUAUGAUCCCGGUUAGUGACAGAUUUAUCGUUGGUGAGAGCUCAAGGAUCAUGGCCACGCCCCUAAUGUACUUCCCAUUUCUGUCAUGCGACGUGAAGGACCCCGAUGCAUUGCCUUGCCACGCCGACUCUCUGAACGCUCAUUCGGCAACACUGGGUGUACGAGCUGUUGUCGAAUUGUUUAAGGCGGUAAACCGCCUGCACGAGAUUGAUCGCUGGGUACUAGCAUUUUCGGUGUCGCAUAAUCAUCGGGAAGUGCGAAUUUAUGGUCACUACGCUGAUUUUGAGGAUGGAGAUAUACGAUAUUACUGUCAUCCGAUCUGCAUGUUUGAUUUUAUGCACCAUAGUGCUGAGGAGGUCUUCACAACAAAUCGUUUCAUCCAGAACGACUGA